AUGCUGUACUACCAUUUCGCCGGAGGCGGGUGCUCCGGUAUGUGGGGGUGGUGCUUCAAUGCCGUUUUCAAUGCUUCGCUUCUGGCGCUUUUUGUUGAUUUCCACGGGAAGAGCUACGCUGCUGCCGCGAAGAAGAGGAAGGCCUCCGCGGCGGAGAAGAUUGGUUCCGGAGGCGGCGGGUGGCGAUAA